CCUAAGUAGUUGUGUACUCGACAUGGUGUUUCUCUUCAUCUGUUGGAGUUGAAGAUCCAAAUGAAGCUGUGUUAACAAACAUGUCACGCCAAUCUGUACACAUUUCAUCAAUGAUCAAUUAUUAUUCCAUCUUUUCCCUUUUCUUUUCCAAGUAUUCGAUUUUGGUCGAUCAUAAAUGUUAUGCAUGAAGACGAAAGGGGAUCAAAUUCUGGGAUGAUUCUUGAAAUUCGAGGGCCAACAGUUUCAGACGUUAUCGAACGACGAAGAAGAUGAGGUUCCCUAGUUGUUGCAGGAUUCCACGCACCGACACAAUGAGGAAGAAGGGUUCUUCCCUCAAAGCUUCGAAAAGUUCCGUCCAUGAAAUUAAGGAAGCCAAGAAAUACGAUAAUGCAGAGGCAUUAUCCGUAAUUGCCAGAAGUGUGUCUAUGAAUGCCGGUGGAAGUAAACAAAAGAUAAUAGCAGAAGAUAUCGUUAAUCACGGUGUACGAGCGCCGGCAGAGAUUUUCACAUUCCGAGAACUGGCAAACGCGACCGAAAACUUCAACCCCGCAUUGCUAGUGGGCGAAGGUGGAUUCGGGAGGGUCUACAAAGGACACCUCAAGAAAACCAAUCAAAUAGUGGCGGUGAAGCAGUUGGAUCGAAACGGGGUUCAAGGAAACAGGGAAUUCCUGGCGGAGGUGUUGACUUUGAGCUUAGCUCAUCAUCCGAAUCUCGUUAAUUUGAUCGGAUACUGUGCUGAUGGACGACAGAGGAUAUUGGUGUACGAGUACAUGCAUCAGGGCUCUUUAGAAGAUCACCUCUUAGAUUUACCACCGAUGAAAAAGCCCCUCGAUUGGUACACUAGGAUGCAAAUAGCUAGAGGUGCGGCAAAAGGGCUCGAGUAUUUGCACGAUACAGCGAAUCCGCCAAUUAUAUUCCGUGAUUUCAAGGCGUCCAACAUACUAUUGGACGAUGGGUUCAAUCCAAAGUUGUCUGAUUUCGGGCUUGCUAGAUUGGGCCCCACAGGGGAACAAGAUCAUGUCUCGACGAGGGUGAUGGGUACCUACGGCUACUGCGCGCCCGAGUACGCUCAGACGGGCAAACUCACGACAAAGUCUGACGUGUACAGUUUCGGAGUGGUGUUUCUCGAGAUUAUCUCGGGAAGAAGAGUUAUAGAUAGCACAAAGCCGCCCGAAGAGGAGAAUCUAGUCGAUUGGGCGAAACCUCUUUUUAAGGACAGGGGAAAGUUCGAAUUAAUGGCUGAUCCAUUGCUCGAAGGGAAGUACCCAAUGAAAGGUUUGAGUCAAGCGCUUGCAGUUGCGGCAAUGUGUCUUCAAGAGGAAGCCGGGACCCGCCCCUUGAUCGGAGAUGUGGUAACUGCACUUGAGUAUCUGUCUAUUACAGAAGAAGUUGUUAAUUGUGAAACAGAUGUGUAAUGAUAUAUAUGUGUGUGUGUGUAUAUAUAUUUUAUAAAUCGAUUCUUCGUCGUGUGUCCUGUCGUUAGCAAAAAGAAUGGAGAGUGUUUGGAGAUUCUGUAACGAAAUUGGUUUGAAAAAUUUUGUUUGGUUUCUUUAGGAAA